AUAUUCAAAUAACGGGAAUGAUUGAUGAUUUUUAUGACAUUUUGAAACACUGAUCACCAGGGUCCACUUUGCAGCCGCAGCCCGUGACCAGCUCUCGGUGACGCGGUGUGACUUCACACCGGAGGCUGAAUUAGGAGGUGAAGGAGGAGGAGGAGGAGAAAGACACCGUUGUGGGCUGCUCUCUCUCUCUCUUUCUCUCUCUCUCUCACGGUCUCCUCUCGGAUUUUUUUUUCUGCGGACGUCAGGCUUCACCAAGCCGGCGGUAUGGAGACGGCGGGCGGCUUCAAUGCCGGGAAAGCCGGGCACAUCGCCUUCGAUCCGGUGGCUUUCUUCACGCAUCCACGCACCAUCCUCAGACUCAUGUCGUGGGUUUUCUCCAUCGUGGUGUUCAGCUGCAUCAUCAAUGAAGGCUACAUCAACAUUGGCAGCGAGCGUUUGCUCUGUAUCUUCAACAACAACGCUGACGCCUGUAACUACGGCGUCACCAUCGGUGUGGCCUGUUUCCUGGGCAGCAUCUGUUUCCUGAUCCUGGAUGCUUACUUCCCGUCCAUCAGCAACGUCAGGGACAGAAGACGCGCUGUCCUGCUGGACCUGGUCUUCUCAGGCCUGGCCAGCUUCCUGUGGUUUGUUGGCUUUUGUUUUCUGGCCAAUCAGUGGCAGGCGACCUCCCCAAACAAGUUACCAUUGGCCCAGGGCUCAGACGCUGCCAGAGCCGCGAUUGCCUUUUGCUUCUUCUCCAUCCUCUCCUGGGCAUAUCAGUGUCUGAUAACAUUGGAUACUUAUAGGAACAUUUCCUUCAUUGAAGACAUGCAGGCCCUGCUGCCUAAGAAGCUACCUACAGUGUCUUUUGUCUAACACACACACACACACACACUCCUUGUGUUUCACACACCUUUGGAAGAUUGAGGUCUGGUCUUAAACUAAGUGUCAUAUGUGUUGCUGUUUUUGAUUGUCUAUUUGCUGAUGAUUCAGCAGCUCUGCCCAUAUGUAGUUGUAUUGCAAGGCUGGAGUUUCUUUAAUAAAAGGAAAAUUAACAAUUAUGUGGUAAGUCAGUGGUACAGUAUCUUAAAAAUGAAUAUUGAUUCAUUGUUAGACAGACAUUCACUUUGUUAUGAAAACAGAUCAUUUUUAAUCAUGGCAU